UCUGCUGUGAGAGUUUAUAUACUGUGAGGUGGUCAGGCGGCAGUGGCAGUAUCUAACUGGUGCACCGGACGCUGACGACAACAGUAGUAGAGCCUGACUGAGUCUUGUUAAGGAGAGUGUAACAUCAUUAUCAUCCUUCAGCUUCGAGAUUAAGCAACGAUGCGUGUUGUGGUCGUGUUAGGUCUGGCGAUGGUGGGUCUAUGGACAGGCAGCGAGGGCCAAGCUGUCAUUCAGAUACCACCCUUUGUUCCCCCCUUCCCCUUUCCCUUACCAAACUUCCAGAUACCACCCUUUGUUCCCCCCUUCCCUCUUCCCUUACCAAAUUUGCCCCUGCCGGUGUUUGUGGCAGGGUUUCCAGCGUUUGUGGCAGGGAUCGCCCUCAUCAUGCUCAAGGGUGCUCUGGCUGUCGCGGCUACCGUAAAGAAGGAACAUGAAGAGGAGGAACCAGUAUAUUACAACGCCUAUCCCGUCCACCACCGCCGCAAGCGGGCCAUUGACCAGGGGAUAGGGGAGAUAGAGGAGGCGGAGAAGCUGUUGCUGUCAGCCGCCACUCACCUGGACACUGACGGCUGUGUACUGAAGCUCCUGUGUCACCUGAACAACAAACAGGUAGAUGCUCGUACGCUGGAGGAAACUGUCCUCCUCCAAAUGUUCUCCGACAACCUGGAGACCAUGUCCUCCUACAACACCACCAUCCAGGAGGACAGUGAAGUCGACCAGGGCGUGUGUGACAAGAUGUUCCCCAACUGUCCCCUGAGGGAGGAGGAGCUGGGUAGUCUCUUGCGGCAGACGUGGGGCUGUGGGAGCCUCAACCAUUAACGUGUAUGACAGACGCGGGGUGUGGGACUCCUGGUGUUGGUUCAGGGGAAUAUUUCUAGCCCAGCAGCUACUGUUGUCCCAAGUUCAGUUUACUUGGGUGGCAGACUGAUUAAACAGUCUUACUGCCGGCUGCCCAUAGGAAGUAACAGCCUCUACGGCCUGGCUCAUCACCAGGUCUCGUCAGCCUCCCGCGAGUCAACUUCUGUUGUUUUUCCAGCGAUAUUAAUUUAUUUGCUGGUAACGAGUUAAAAAGUCUAGUCUUCUGUUGUUAACUUUUGUGUUGUAUACAGUAAGUGUACUCUGACACCACCACCUACCACACCUUUCAAAUCACUGUGUUGUUGUGUAAGAUAAUUCUGAUGCCAUUUUUUACAUUUUUGGGGCAGUAAUUUCUUCAUGACAUCUUACAUUAUGAUGACAAAUUCGCCGUUAUAAAUCUCUGGUGAUCUGUAUCCAAACCUUCAAUAUGUGUAAAUUAUAAUAUAAACAUUGUAUUUAUGUUUACAGCUUGUGUGAGAAAGAUAUAGAGAGUUUUUGUGGUUAUAAUUAAUAGAUAACGUGAGUUGGAAGGGUUCAGGAGUCUAUUUUCAAAGGAUCAUUACAGAGGAGUUCAAUGUUGACGUGAUAAUUAUACAAAGAUCAUGAAGGUAAACAAACAAUGUACAGUACCUACACGUUGCCUUCCUAACACACCUAAAUUUAUACACAUAUUUAAGUAAUCAAAGGACAAGACAAAUUAUAAACAUCUUUUGACAUACACGAAGAUUUUCUAAUACAAAAGAAACAUCUCAUUGAAUCCUCUUGUACUUAUGAUCCCUUAAUGAUGUAAACAUUGGCUUGGCGUCUCUUUGUAACUUCUAUACGGGAUUACUAUUAACGUUAAGGUUGUUUUUGUUUUAUUUGUUAAUUGUUCUUGUUGUUAUAUAAGUGUAAAUAAGUUUGUUGUUGUUUGGGCCACUAUUCUUGUUAUCGUUUCCCCCCUCUCUCUCUCUCUUUCUUUCCCAUCCUUUUAUUCUCUAGUC